CCUUUGUUUUCUCAUCCCAAAAUAUCUCCUCCGCUCAGAAAAAAGUAAACCCUACUGAAGAAGAAGAGUAAAGUAAAGCACUUCUUCAGAACUUUUGAGAUGGAAGCAUCUGUCUCUAGGGCAUUAAUGGAGUCUGAUUCUGGAGAAACAAAAGUUUUGGAAGCGUUGAUUGAUGCGUUUAGUUCAGAAUUUUCACUCAGGGAGAUAGCUUCUGCGUAUUGCAAGGCUGGCCGUGAUCCAGAUAAGGCUGCUGAAAUUCUUUAUGAUGGUCAAAAGUUGAAGAACUGCUCUAAUGCUGCAGCUGCCGUUGUUGCCACUCAACGUGAAGCAAAUUGUACAUCAUCGUCAGCUUCAUCGGAACCCUUGUGGGAGACUGUUGCUAGCAAGCGAAAUUCUGCAAAUUAUAGGAAUUCUAAGGCAUCAAAAACGAAAGAGCUGUCCGUCUCAAUUGACAGUGUUUCUGGUGUUAUUGGUAAGGGGAAUGCGAUGCCUAACACGCCUGCAUGGGGUACUGUUAGCAGGCCUUCAUUUUCAGAAACCUUGGGUGGGAGUGUUGCUAUGGGUGGGAGUGUUGCUACAAAUUGGGGUGAGGAUAAGGGUGUGAAUGACCGGGCCUUGUCAGUUGGUUGGGUUUCUGGUAAGUGUUUGAUAUGCAGCAGACCUGCAUGUGGUCCCCUGGGCGCAACUAAACCAUUGAAAUCGGAUAUGAAAGACUUUCGGUUUGACGAACUCUCAGAUGAUGAUGUUGCAUCAGAUUCAACAGCAAAUGAAGACCAAAUGCAUACAGGACAAGGGAGGAUUUUUGUGGGUGGACUCUCCAUGGAAACCAAUGAAGAUACUCUGAAAGAUCAUUUUAAGAAGUUUGGUGAAGUUGUGGAGGCUGUGAUUAUAAAACACAGGGAGACACGUAGUUUAAGAGGUUUCGGGUAUGUUCUCUUCUCAGAUCCAUCUGUAGCUGAUAAAGUUCUUUUUAAAAGACAUGUUAUUCUUGGAAGAUUGGUUGGAGUGGAAAAAGCAGCGCCCAAACCCGGAGUUGGACAUAAUAACCCUUACAACCAAAAGGGUUUUAGUAAGAAGAGUAGUGAUGAUAAUGGUCAAUUUAGGACAAAGAAGAUUUUCGUAGGUGGUUUACCUCAUAGCUUGACUGAGGAAGAAUUUAAAGCUUAUUUUGAGAAGUUUGGUAGAACUACUGAUGUUGUUCUUCUGUGUACUCCUUCAAAAGAUAGACAUAAAGGUUUUGGUUUUGUCACUUUUGAUUCUGAGGAAGCUGUAGAGAAUGUAAUGCAGAAGAGGUUUCAUGAGUUGUAUAGCAAAGCAGUUGAGAUUAAGAGAACUGUAUUUAAAGAUGGGAGUAAUAAUGGUCAGAAUGGUGGUUAUCAUAAGAGAAAGAAUGGUGGAAGAGGAGGAUCUCUCUCUGGUGGUGUACAAGAUGCUGGAAUUAACCAACCAUCAAGCCCAGGAUAUGGGGGAAGUUACUCUGGAUAUUAUUCUCAACUUUCAGAUGAUGACUCUGCUGGAGGAACCCCAGUUGUGUCACCCAGGAGUCCACUAUGAAAUACCAAAGGAGGACCAAAUGCAUACAGGUGCUUGUGGUGCAGUAGCUGUUCUCCUUUUAACAAGAUCUUCUUAACAUGCUUGACAACUUCUUUUUGAUGGGUGACCGAAGCCGUCUUCUUAACAUCGCUUGACAACUAUUUUUUGAUGGGUGACCAGAGCCAUCUUAUGGAUUAGGCGAGCUCAAACUGUUGGGGCCCAAAAAUUAAAUUUUUUCUUCUUUUCUUUGCCACAUAGAUGGUGCUCUUACAUAGUACUCUGCCGCUAUUUUUGUUGAUGGUCAUCCUUUUUUAGCUGUUACUAACAGCUGUUUGUUUCGUAACUACGGCGGGCAUACUACUUUCAACUCCAUCAAUUACUUUUACUUUAAUACACUUUUAGAUAAGAAUAUUAGACUUCA